UCACCGCCAAUCUCUUGGCAUCCGUUUCCGGUUGGGAGGUUCCCGCGCAAACGAGCGCGGCCGAAAUAUCAGAGUAGCGCGUAACCUCGUUUGUCGGCGCGGAGCCUCGUAGCGACGCAACCUCAUUCGCCGUUGAGAUCUCGUACCGGUUGGUCGGUCGCUUUGCAAGAUCCCUCAGUUUUCGUAAACCCCUUUCGUUUGGAAGAUGUCUGGACGCGGCAAAGGAGGCAAGACCAAGGGGAAGGCGAAGACCCGGAGCAGCAGAGCAGGUCUGCAGUUCCCUGUCGGCAGGAUCCAUCGUCUCCUGAGGAAGGGGAACUAUGCCGAGCGCGUCGGAGCCGGAGCACCUGUAUACCUCGCGGCCGUUAUGGAAUAUCUGGCUGCUGAGGUGCUCGAGCUCGCUGGAAACGCUGCCAGGGACAAUAAGAAAACGAGGAUAAUCCCACGUCACUUGCAGUUGGCCAUUCGCAAUGACGAGGAGUUGAAUAAACUUCUCUCUGGUGUUACCAUUGCUCAAGGUGGUGUCUUGCCGAAUAUUCAGGCAGUUUUGUUACCUAAGAAGACGGGUACUGGGGGUGGUUCCGGAAAGGGUGACAAGGGAUCCCAGGAAUACUAAACUACGGCUUUUAUCCUUGAUUUUUGGCCAUGCCGAAGCUCAAUUGUUCUUGAGAAUCUAAUAAACAAUAAGUUAACAUGAUCAUAUGUAUCGACGUUAGAUGUUCUCAAGCAGCGAAUCAUUAAAAAUUUGUAAUGAAGUAACACAAGGUGAUGCUAUACAUUUACAUACCGUUAAGUUGUAGCUCUGUUUCAUUUUUAUAUUUAUGGUUCGAAUCCACUAUUAUAUAGUUGCGAAACUAUUAUAUGGUUGAGAGGUUUCAUUUAGCAAAUAUACAUGCCACUCAAAGGGAUAAAUAAAUUACAAGUUUGACAUUAUUACAAGUAGCUUAACAUUUUCCUGAAAAAAUAUUAUAUAGGAAUUCUGUCUCGCUUUGAAGUCCAAAUUACGGUUUCAUCCUACUAUAUCUAAUAGACUUAAUUUACUAUAAGAUAAAAACAUUAUCAACAAACUGUAAAAUCUAUUUAAAACUUCAUGUUUAAUGUUUUGUAUUUACAAUGUUUCAUAUCUUUUUGCGUAAACAUUAGUCUAUAUAUCCAUGUUUUUAUGUAAGGAUCAAUGUUUCUUUUGCUUUAUGUAAACGAAUAUUUAAAGGGAAAGAAUAAACAAGUUUCACAUUACUA